AUGCGCAGAUCUAAAUCGGAGGUGAAGAAGGAGUCCGAGGAGUCCAGUCCGUCGGAGGCCGCCUGUCUCUGCUCUCCUCCGGCGGCCAAGAACCAGUGCGCCAGCUGCGGCAUGGAGAUCCAUGACCGGUACCUGCUGAAGGUCAACAACCUGAAUUGGCACUUGGGCUGUUUGGAGUGUUCAGUGUGCAGAGCGUCUCUGCGCCAACACAGCAGCUGCUACGUUAAAAACAAGGAAAUCUACUGCAAACUGGAUUAUUUCAGUAGGUUCGGCACGAAGUGCGCCCAGUGUGGCCGGCAGGUGUACGCCAGUGACUGGGUGCGCCGGGCUCGGGGCAGCGUCUACCACCUGGCCUGUUUCGCCUGUUUCUCCUGUAAGAGGCAGCUGUCCACCGGGGAGGAGUUCGGCCUGGUGGAGGGCCGGGUGCUCUGCCGCAGCCACUACGACAUCAUGCUGGACAACCUCCGCAGGGCUGCCGAAAACGGCACAGGACUGACUCUGGAAGGAGCACUGCCCUCUGAUCAGGACUGCCAACCAAAACCAGCCAAGAGAGCGCGGACAUCAUUCACUGCUGAGCAACUGCAGGUGAUGCAGACUCAGUUCGCUCAGGACAACAACCCAGACGCUCAAACUUUACAGAAACUGGCAGAAAUGACAGGACUCAGCAGACGAGUCAUACAGGUUUGGUUUCAGAACUGCCGUGCGCGACACAAAAAGCAGCCGCCUCAGAGCAGUUUCUCUCAGAGCGCUCCGCUGUCCAGGAUGCCUCCAUCGCUGCCAGAAGAUAUCCACUACUCCACGUUCAGCAGUCCAGACCGACCACAUCUACUCGCCCUGCAAGGAUACCUGGACACUCAUCCCUUCUCCGUCCUCGCUGCUCCGGGCCACUUGACCCAUUCGUCCAUGUCUUUACCACAGCUUCCCAUAAGCCGCUGACCUCCUGCUUCCACUUUUCCACCACUCCGAUGACAUUGGGAUGAAACAAAAAAUCCAUUGGGACAUACUGUUGGUAAUCUGCUCUGUUUGGGAGUCUGAUCCUUGGGCAGCAGGACUUCGACAAUCUGUUUUCAAUCAGUCGGAUUUUUCGUUGUGAGACUGCAG